AUGGCGAAUCAGACCGUCGAGACCGCCCCCGAGAGCCCUAUCGAGAACGUUCUCGCUCGCGAUCUCCAGAUCGAGAGCGCAGUCAAAGGGGGAGAGACUACGAGAGAGAAACGGAGCGUGAUCGGCCGAGAGACGUCGAAGUUUCGAGACCUCCGACCGGGCCCCGCGAUCCUCGUCCACCGAACCGAUCUUUCUCUUCCCCUCUGCACAGCAAGUCAAGCAACUCAACAGAUCCACGCCCCGAACGUGGCCUAG